AUGCAGAAGACCAGGAGUCUGCAGCGAGAUGACAGCAGGAUAAUCAUACACUUCGAUUAUGACUGUUUUUAUGCCUCUGUCGUUGAAAACGAGAACCCUGCCCUGAAAUCGGUACCUCUUGCCAUUCAGCAAAAGCAGAUCGUGGUGACUUGCAACUAUGAAGCCCGCAGGAGAGGUUUGCGCAAGCUGCAGCUCAUAACCGAGGCCAAAAGAGUAUGUCCUGAGGCAGUCAUUGUCCUUGGGGAGGACUUGACUCGCUUUCGUGAUGCAUCGAAGGAACUUUACAAUUUUCUUCAGCAGCGUAUCUGGAGUGGAAGAGCUGAACGACUGGGAUUCGACGAGGUCUGGCUAGAUUGUACAGACAUGAUCGACUACAACCUGGACUUGCUAAACCACAAUGACCUAUCCCAUUCAUUUUUCUGCUUGAGCAAAGAUGAUCCCACCAUCGGCUUUGAGUACAGCGCUUUGGGCGUCUUCGGUCCAACCUACCCUCCACACACGCUGAAGUCUCUUCAAUUGACUGAAAAGGAGAACCGCUUGCAGCAGCGGCUUAUCAUUGGGUCGCAUUUAGCAAGGUAUCUGCGCCAUGAGCUAGAGUCACAGAAAGGGUACACCUCGACUGUAGGAAUUGCAACCAACAAGAUACUCUCGAAGCUGGUGGGCAAUGUGAAUAAACCAAAGAACCAAACAACCAUCAUCCCACCAUUUGAACCAGUUGGAGACACAAGAACAAACAUCAACGAGUUCCUUGACCAUCACGAUAUAGGCAAGAUACCAGGAAUUGGGUUCAAGUUAUCGCAGAAAAUCAGAGCGCACGUAUUGGGCCGGCAGGCCGACUUCUCUGAUGGCCUGGUUUAUGGUGGCACGAAAGAGUCCGUGAUUGUUCUUGACGUUCGUUCACAUCCUGCCAUGGGUCCGGACCUGCUUGAAGAGAUACUUGGUGGUCCAGGGGCGCCUAAGGGCAUCGGCGGAAAAGUCUGGGAGCUGAUACAUGGCAUUGAUGACAGCGAAGUGGGCAAGGCCAAGCGCGUUCCAUCACAAAUCAGCCAGGAAGAUUCGUAUAUGAAGUAUCUGCGAACGUUUGAACAGGUGAGGGAGCAAUUGCAUCUUUUAGGUGAGCGACUCAUCCGUCGGAUGCAGAUGGACCUCAUGGAUGAGGCCGAGGAGACCAGCGAGAUUGGUGAACCUGGGCAUCAACGACACUGGUUGGCGCACCCGAGGACAUUACGCUUGUCAACCAGACCUCGCCCGGCCCCUGGCCCCGAUGGAAUUCGAGCAAGAACAUUCCAUCGGAUCUCGAGAUCUGCACCUAUGCCCAAUUUUGUCUUCAGUCUAACAGAAGCACCUUCUGUCCUAGCUGAGCGUUUGGUAGACGAAGCUUUGGUGCCAAUGUUCCGCGCACUGCACCACGAGAAAUCUGGGUGGAAUCUUAGUCUGGUCAACGUUGCGGCUACCAACAUGGCAGAAACGGCAGCAGAUAGCAAAGAGAGUGAAGGCCGUGAUAUUGGGAAGAUGUUCCGGCGGCAGGAUGAAGUGCUGAAAGAUUUCAGAGUUACCGUUGCACCAGAUGCCACCGACGGCCAACGUGCACCCUCGCCAACCACAAUGGAUGGUAAACCACAUGAAGAUGAAUAUACAAACAGUGAUCUCGAGCUGGGGAAAGCUGCAGAUUGGGAUUCCGAUGCGAGCGAGGAUGAAGUGCUUGAGCGUUGCGACGUUUGUCGGAGUGCCAUGCCGUCGUUUGCCAUGCCAGCGCAUCGAAGAUACCAUGAGUUGAAUGACUAG